CCAGAGCUGUAAAUAUGCUGUUAGGCAGUUCUUUUUAGAGGUGGUUUUAUAACAACAUGUUUCAACAGAGUCCUCUGUGCUGCUGCCUCCCACUUCAUAAACCCUGCAUGCCUGCAUAACCUGCACACAUGCAGUGGUUGGUAGACACAAACAGUGCACACGAGUGUGGAACAAUAAAAAAAGAGGUAGGAACACAGGCAGGAAUUCAUAUUACACACAUAAUGGAGCUCCUUAUGCCGCACCCUAACCGUAUGAUCAGGUGACUGUAUUAAGGUGUGGUAUUGAACACGCUUUCUCUUUCCACCACCUUUUUUUUUUUACUUGCACCAUUACUCUAUGCUUCACUUCCUCAAGUGAAGGAGUUAGUUAUUAAACAGUCAGUGGUGCAUUGUGUAGACGGACUCAGGAUGGCAGUCGGUGGGGGAAUCAAAUGUGUCAAAUACCUCAUGUUUCUCUUCAACCUGAUCUUUUGGCUUGCAGGCACUGCUGUCUUUGCUAUAGGCCUGUGGCUAAGAUUAGACCCAAAGACCAAAGGCCUGUUUGAAGGACCAGAAUCUCCAUAUGUGUUUUACACAGGUGUGUACAUCCUGAUAGGAGCUGGAGCACUGAUGAUGGUGGUGGGUUUUCUGGGAUGUUGUGGGGCCAUUCAGGAGUCACCCUGUAUGCUGGGACUGUUCUUCUUCUUCCUGUUUAUCAUAUUUGCCAUUGAGGUUGCAGCUGGAAUCUGGGGAUUUUCGAACCAAAGCAGGGUGGUGCAAGACAUCACAACGUUCUACUUGGAGACCUACGAUAAGUUCAAAACAACGGGAGAUGAGCGCUUGAAAGAGACGCUGCGCGUGAUUCAAACAGGGCUUAACUGUUGCGGACCAACUGGUACCGUAAUAGAUACUGCCAAAGACACCUGUCCCCAGGGAGAGCCACUUGAGGAACUAAUCACUAAGAGCUGUCCUGACGCAAUUGAUGAGGUGUUCGACUCCAAGCUCCACAUCAUAGGAGGAGUGGGCAUCACCAUUGGUGUUGUUAUGGUGUUUGGGAUGAUCUUUAGCAUGCUCCUGUGCUGUGCCAUCAGGAAGUCUCGGGAGGUGGUGUGACACUGACCACCACAUCCUGAAGUCUUUAUUAAUGUUGCAUGAUGUCAUUUCAAGAGUCACCUGACUCUCCACUGCCAAUAGAAACACUGCUUGUUCAAGGGGGACAACCUAAGCUACGUUGGGUGCAGAUAUUUCUGAUUAUUCAAUUAUACAUUGGUUAUAACUGUGCUGCUGACACUUAGGCCCACCGUCCUGGACUAUAUAGAUGCGAUGUGGUUAUUUGGCCCAACUAUAGAAUGGGUGUCAUCUGUGCUUCAGUGGCAAUGUAGUUAAGAAAUGUGUAAUUUUGUGGUCAUUUGAUUGAAAUUAGUGUUUGUGAACUGCUAAUUAUCUAAACAAAAGAUCAUAUUAUUGUAUACUGAUCACAUUUCUCACUUACUGACAAGAACAGACAUGGACCAGGGUCAUAAAAAGGCACCACCACCACCACUUCAGCAUAAUACAGCAGUAGCCAAUGAAAUUCCCAUCACCACUUCAGCACAAUACAGCAAUAGCCAAUGAAAUACUAGUUUCUUUUUGUUACACUGAAGUCAAUGGUGACUAGUAGCCACCUGAAUGCCGAGCUGUGAACUGUGGUGACUGUGGUUUGUUCCAGCUUGGUAUUAUAGUAGCAUUUCGGAUCCUUAAUUGUGACAUUUAAUUUGUUCCUUCCUUUCUUUCUGCAUUUCCUAACUUGCCCUUUCAAAAACGCCUUUAAUUUUUCUGUCAUGUUUUGUAAAUGUGUUCUUUUUUUGUAUUAUUUGUAAAAGAUUUAUACACUUAGGUGAUUGUAUGGUACAUGCAGUUUGAUGAUGUAUUUUAUAAUGUCAUUUUCAUUUUACAGAGAUUGGGUUGAUUUAUACCAUACACACUAUGUUUUACAGAGAUGAAAAAUAAUGAGUACCAAAUAAACCAAACCAACCGAG